CGCCGCCCGGAAGAAGGAGCCUGCGCCGCGGCGGCCGCUGUUGACAACAUGGCGGCUGCCGCCUCCUGCUCCUCCUCCUCCUCCUGCUCGGUGCGGGGCGCGGGAGGCGGCGGCGGGAGGAGGAAGAGGAAGGCGAGCCAGCAGCCCUGAGGGACGGCCCAGGCAGGCCUGCCCGCCGGCGCCGCCAUGUCUUUCUUCAGGAGGAAAGUGAAAGGCAGAGAGCACCAGAAGCCAGUAGAAGCCAGAGAAAUUAAAGAGUCUGGACCGGCUCAGAUGCCUGGCAACUAUGCUGCAGCACCAGGAUAUUCCCCACAGAGAGGUACCAGGAGCCAUGCCUUGCUCGAGGCCGCCGGACCAAGCCACGUGGCUAUCAACGCCAUCUCGGCCAACAUGGAGUCCUGCAGCAGUCGCACGGCAGCCCUUAAGAAGCAGCCCAGCCACAUGGAAGCUGCACAUUUUGGAGACCUGGGCCGCUCCUGCCUGGAUUACCAAGCUCAAGAAAGCAAGUCAAGCCUGUCUAAGACGCUGGCGCAAGUCCUGCGCGACCCCGUGGCCCUCCCGUACUUUGCCCAGUACAUGGAGCUCCACCGCAUGGAACACCUGGUCCGAUUCUGGCUGGAAGCUGAGACUUUCUGCUCCGCCACCUGGUCCCGCAUCCGAGCACACAGCUUGAACACGGUGAAGCACAGCUCCCUGGCCGAGCCGGUGUCCCCUUGCCUGCAGCAGCAGGACCCUCUUGGCUUUUCCCCCCUCGGCGAGUCGCUUAACGGAGGACUGGAUGACUGUUAUCCCGCCGAGCCCUCUCCAGCAUGUUUGAGCCGGCCAACGUUGACUCUUCGGAACCAUUUGCUGCUUGGCCAAGGCGGGGACAAACCCUGUUUGGGGUUGACUCCGUCAGAAGACGAGGACUCUCCGGUUCCGGGUGACUCUCACGAUGCUUCCACGGUCUCAGCGUCCAGUAGAAAUAGUCCUUGCUUUGCACUAAGGGGCAUGUCAGGGAAACUCAUGAAAAGUAUUGAACAGGAUGCAGUGACCAUCUUUACCAAAUAUAUAUCUCCCGAUGCUGCUAAGCCGAUACCGGUUACCGAGCUGAUGAGAAACGAUAUUGUGGCCAAGAUCUGCGGGGAAGAUGGACGGGUGGACCCCAACUGCUUCGUCAUGGCACAGUCCGUGGUGUUUAGCGCCAUGGAACAAGAGCACUUUAGCGAAUUCCUGCGAAGCCAUCACUUCUGCAAAUAUCAGAUUGAGGUGCUGACGAGCGGGACCGUCUACCUAGCUGAUAUCCUCUUCUGCGAAUCGGCCCUUUUUUAUUUUUCCGAGUUCAUGGAGAAAGAAGAUGCUGUGAACAUCCUGCAGUUCUGGCUGGCAGCAGACAAUUUCCAGUCCCAGCUGGCAUCCAAAGAGGGCCAGUAUGACGGGCAGGAGGCCCAGAACGAUGCCAUGAUUCUGUAUGAUAAGUACUUCUCUCUUCAAUCCACUCAUCCUCUCGGGUUCGAUGACUCCGUACGGUUGGAAAUUGAGUCCAACAUCUGCAGGGAAGGCGGACCACUCCCCAACUGCUUCACCACUCCGCUGAGACAGGCCUGGACCACCAUGGAGAAGGUUUUCUUACCCAGCUUCCUGUCCAGCAACCUUUAUUACAAAUACUUGAACGACCUCAUCCAUUCGGUCCGGGGAGAUGAGUUUGCCAGCGGAGGUGGCGGUCUCACCCUGAACGUCCACGGUCUCGGCAAUACUUCCGAUCACUAUUCCCACACGGGUGCUGCGGACAGCGGGGCUACUUCCCAGCCCAGCCUCAAAAAGGCCAGCAUAAAAAUCCUGAAAAACUUUGAUGAAGCAAUAAUUGUCGAUGCUGCCAGCCUGGACCCCGAGUCUCUGUAUCAGCGGACCUACGCUGGGAAGAUGACGUUUGGCCGUGUGAGCAACCUGGGCCAGUUCAUUCGAGAAUCGGAGCCAGAACCGGACAUCAAGAAGUCCAAAGGGUCCAUGUUUUCACAAGCAAUGAAGAAAUGGGUGCAAGGAAAUACAGAUGAGGCCCAGGAGGAGAUGGCGUGGAGGAUAGCCAAAAUGAUCGUCAACGACGUCAUGCAACAGGCACAACCCCCGGAGGCAGCUGUCGAAAAGGUGACUAAGCUAUGAUCUUUGGGAGCUUCUGCCUAUGAAGCAAAGUGGAGCUGUUUUCUCUCCCCUUCCUCACGGCCGCCUCAUCAGCAUCCCGAACCCCUAUGCAGCGGGUACAUUUCCCCCCCCUCCCCUUUAUGGACAAGAAAAAAAGACUCUUGUCGAGUCCCCGUCGAAGGAAGAUUUCCCAGCUCCUUCUACCAAGGAUUCUCCCUCUGGACUACAGUUAGGCACGGAGAUUUGCCCCGUAGUUUUCCGAGCUGCAGUUUUUUGUUGUUGUUAUUGCAAACUUUAAAAAGAAAAAAUAAUCUGCAAUCAGAAAGGCUCGCAGCCACCUUCAGCCUGUCGGAGAGGGCUUUGCAGCGGACGAAAGAGCAGUCUUUAAAACAACCCUGGCGCUGGUUUUCGAAAGAUCCGGAAAUGAUGAAGUAUUCCAUAAAACUGGACUCCGUUCCUCGUGCGUUUGGGCCACUCGGGGGGGAAAGAGAGGAAAUUGGGAACAAGCAAUUUUUUUCGGGGUCCCGUCUGUCUCUUUGCCUUUCAAAACGCUGGACUCCACACCGCCAUCUCUCUCGCCCCCCCCUCCCCCCCCGCAGAAGAACAUUUCAUUUUAAUUUGGGAAAAUGCAAGAAAAAUAAGCAAUGAACUUUUUUUUUUUUUUGGGUGCGUUCCCGCUUCCUUUCCCUUUUGCAAAAAGUCCCCGUUAAGGUGAAACAACGGCUUCUCGCCCAGGUUAGAAGUGAAUUCGGUUUUUGCUGCAUCGUUCCAGACUCCGUUUCACCUUUCUACCUUCUCCUUUAAUGCAAUUUGUGGGGUGGGGGGGGGGUUUGAUCGCCUCUUCUUCUCUUUAUUUUAUUUUCCCUUUUCUCACAUAAAUCUGGAACUUCCUUUGAUCUCCCACGCUUGCCAGGCGCGAAACGUUUUACAAGAAUUUGGAGUACUUGAGACAAAAUCCACUCCAGUUGUGCUUGUAAGGGUUUGUUUUUUUCUCCUUCUGCUUUUUUUUAAUUCCUUUGGAGUGUUGUUGUUUUUUUUACGUUCUCACUGGCGUUUGUUUCCUGAAGACUUGUGCAAAUGAAAGAAAGAAAGAAAGGAAAAAAGGAGCCUUCAUCCAGAACUACACUUUAGGAAAGUUUUUGAUUUUGACUCCAGCCCUUUGAAAGUGGAGUAGACUCAAACGCACCCCACUUGGCGGUAUCGGCUGGAGCGACACGCCCGUCAGAAAGCAAAACAAGUUGUCUCUAGGUUUUUUUGGUACCGUGUACCACCUUAUUGUCGGAAACCCAAGUAUUCCAGUACUUAAAACCAUAUUUAAUUGUGUUUUGAUUGAAAUAUAAAUAUAUAUCUAUCUAUCUAUAUAUAAAUGAGGCACUUGUGUCCGUUU